GCAGUUUUUCGUGACUUACUUCCCAACCUGGAAGGUCAACACGCACUGCUUGGCUUUCCAGGGCCAGGAAGUGAAAGCUGUUCCAUACGUGGCGGGGGAUUGUCCAAAGUGGCAGUGGGAUUUCGCGACUUCUGCCUUGGUGCAUGGAGACGCCUGUCUGACGGUGUCCGACUUCCCUGAACUCUUGGAUGUGAACGAGACAGCCAGGAACUUGGCCAAACAGGACGCCACACUGCAGGAUUGCGACGGUUCCGCAGCUCAGAAAUUCAUCUAUAACUCCGAUGGGACGAUUCAACCGCGGGGACAAGAUCUUUGCUUAGAGUGGGAUGCGGCCGGCGUCUUUAUCAAAGACAAUGUUUACUUCUACACUUGCAAUCUUCGAGACAACCAAGUUUGGGCGCCAGUGGAAGAUUCUUGA